AUGGGUGUGGAAGGAAGACCAAUUAGUGACUGUCAGAACCGAAUAUCCUUUGUAAAUAUCUGCAAAUUAUCGAACAGGAACACUGGUCCAUCACCUCUGCCAGUCACGAAUAGAAAACUGAGAAAAUCUGGAGGUGUUCUUGCUGUUCCAAGCACCUUCGUUGGGACCGAGUUGGGAGCAGAGAAGAGAGAGUGGGGAGCGAAGACGAAGGACGAGUGGGGAGCGAAGGAGAGGGAAGAGUGGGAGUAUCUUCUCGAAGAGCCCGGGAGUGAGAAGGAAUUGGCGAAGGCAGCACUGAACAUUUUGGCUGAACAUCGGAUCAUCUCUAAGUCAUUUGCAGCACUAAUUGAGUGUGAUCAGGUUCAGAAGCUCCUCCGGUACCUCCUGGCAUAUUUCGAGACUCUAUUCCUACUGUGCGACGAACUAAACGCUGUCCAGGCCCCGGCCGUCAUCAACAUGCUAGCCAUGCAGGAGCGGUGGCAGCAGCAGCUGUCACAAGCUAUCAUGUUACUCGUGCCUGCCUAUGUUGGUUUGCUCAUUGCCCCCACAGCG